UUUCUCACCGCCAUCAAUGGAGGACAUGGCCGGGACUGCUAACACUUUCUCUCCAUAGUUCCUCAUUUUCUCUGUUUUUUUUCUUCUUUUCUUUUCGUUUUCCAGAGAAGAGAAUGCUGAACUUCAACAACAACCUUCUCUGUUCCUUCUUCUUCUCCUUCUUCUUCCUUCUGGGUCUUACAACUGCAGGUCAAGAAUCCAUUCAAUUUCUAAAGCUGUAUGACAAGAUUUCUUCAGGGGUUUCCCCACCAAUCUCUGCCUCUCAGCUCCCGAUUGCUGUUUCUGUCACUGAUGCUGAGCUUCCAGAGGUCUCAUCCAGUGUUUUAAUGGCGGAAACUUGGCUCAGAGCCUUCGUUCUGGCUCACUACCCUGCCACUAGUAUCACUACCAUUGUUGUGGGUAACAGUUCUUUAUGCAAUCAGGACACCAACCAUUUACAUUCCGUGUUGCUUUCUUUGAAGAAUUUGUUUUAUUCUCUCACGAGAUGGGGUUUGGAGAAUCAAAUCAAAGUUUCAACUCUCUUCCCUGAAGAUUGCUUCCACUCAAACCCUCACAAUAUGCUUAAUCUUGUGACUGAGUUCAUCAAAACUACGAACUCUACAUUCACUCUCAAAUUACCUCAAAAUGUAAUUUCUCUUCAUGAAACACAGAGCUUCGUCUCCACUCGAAUGGCCAAAUUUGGGAUUCUAAAGCUCAACAAAGUGAAUUUAAUAACCAGAGUUUCGAAACAGAGGAACCCAUUUAGCAGAAAGCUGUUUUCAUUCAUGGAACUCAACGAAUACGAAUAUUUCUUUACAUCAGAGCCCCCAUUACCAUCAGACCUCGCCACACCCCCGAAUCCACCAGAGUCUCAAAUCGCAUCUCCGCCGCAUUGGGGUUUUGCUGCCGCUCCAGAAUCGCCGCCGUUCGUGGUUCCAGCGAGUCCACCGUUGAGUUUUGUCCUGCCUCCGUGUAAUCCAGACCAAAACGUCGGUGCGCCAUUUCCACAAACAGGUGGUGUGCAGAAGCAGUGGUGUGUGGCGAAACCGAGCGUUCCGGCGGAGAUUCUGCAACAGGCGAUGGAUUAUGCUUGUGGCCAAGGCGGCGCUGACUGCCGAGAGAUAUCGGCGGACGGUGACUGCUUUCAUCCGGAUACCUUGGUGGCACAUGCCUCUUAUGCGUUUAAUAGCUACUGGCAAAAGAACAAGCGAAGUGGAGGAACUUGCAGCUUUGGAGGCACUGCCAUGAUCAUAAGCUCAGACCCAAGUUUUCAUCACUGCCGGUUUGUUCUCAGCUAAAAUUUUUCUGUACCCGUUUUUAGUUUGUUUUUAUUAUGUUUGUUUUUGUUCAUCAUGUUUCUUUGAAUAAUACUUUAUAGUUUGAACUUUGAAGUGACUUCAGAGAUUGGCCUU